UCGCUACAAGGCUGUGCCAGACACCAUGGAGAAGUCAAACCAGUGCCGAGAUGCAGGGAGACCCAGGAAUGGGGCUGCCUUCCCGAGGAGGAGCCCCCAGGACGUGUGCGGGCAGAGGCGCUGACAAGUGCGAAGGCCCUGAGGAGGUGACUGGGGAAGAAUUCGUGGACACCCAGACCCCGGAGGAGGCCCUCGCGGAGCUGGAGAGGGUUCUGGAGAAAGACGCGGAGGAGGGCAUGCCUGAGAUGAGCCGGCUGUCCAUCUCCCAGAGGACCCCUGGCACCUCCGUGGGCAGGGAGAGGAGGAAGAAGAGGCGGCUGUUUGAGUUGGCGAAACCCAAGGCCAGCUGGCAAGUCUUGAAAGACAGGUGAGGUGUUGGGC